AUGCAAUCAUAUCGGUUUACUCCUAAGAUAAAAGGUGUAGUACAAGAGCUGAUUGAGGAUCUAUUGGAAAAAGGGUUCGUCACCCCUUCAAGAGCACCAUGCAGAUCACCUAUUGUGUUGGUCAAAAUGAAAGAUGAUACGUAUCGAAUGUGCGUCGAUUAUCGAAGACUAAAUGAAGUUACGGUAAAGGAUCCAUUUCUCUUACCGCAUAUUGAAACACUAUUGACUAAGAUUGAUGAUGCACAAAUCUCUUCCAUGCUUGAUUUGCAUAGAGCUCACCACCAAAUUCCAAUGAGAAAGGAAGAUCAGCAAAAGACAGCAUUUGUUACACCAACAGGUAAAAAAGAAUACACUGUUAUGCCUUUCGGUCUAGUGAAUGCACCGAGUACAUUUGCAAGAUAUAUGGCUGACUUAUUCCGAGACUUGAAAUUUGUAUGCGUCUAUCUGGAAGACAUACUUAUAGUCUCUCGUUCUAGGCAAGAACAUUGGAAACACUUAGAUGAAGUGUAA